AUGUACGAGGGUGUGGGGCCGUGGCAGAGGCAAAUUUAUUAUUUUAAAAAGUUAUUGAUUAAGUUUGCAUUUCAUUGGAGAACCUUUUGUUUACAGGGUCGUGCAGCUGAUCUGAAAUUUGUGGAGGCAUGUGCAAGAAAAAUUGCCGAAGUCGCAGAGGGACACAAGAUUGUCGUGGAAAAGUCAACAGUACCCGUUCGCGCUGCGGAAUCCAUCUCUCAUAUUCUCAGCGCCAACACAAGGCCAGACGUUUCAUUCCAGGUAUUAUCCAACCCAGAAUUUUUAGCAGAGGGGACAGCUGUUACAAACCUUCUGAACCCUGACCGCGUGCUCAUUGGCGGAGAGGAAUCCGCAGGAGGAGAUGAAGCUGUUGCGGAACUGAUGUGGAUAUACACACACUGGGUUCCGAAGGAGAAAAUUGUCACCACCAGCACCUGGUCAUCAGAACUUUCAAAACUGGCAUCAAAUGCAUUCCUGGCUCAGCGUGUAUCCAGCAUCAAUGCCAUCUCGGCUGUAUGUGAAGCAACAGGUGCUGAUGUAUCCCAGGUAGCUGCUGCUGUUGGUCUGGAUUCUCGAAUUGGACCCAACUUUCUUCAGGCAUCUGUUGGAUUUGGAGGUAGCUGUUUCCAGAAGGAUUUGCUGAAUCUUGUGUAUAUUGCUGAGUGCCUUAACCUACCAGAAGUGGCCAUGUACUGGCAGCAGGUCACAGAUAUGAAUGAAUAUCAAAGAACGAGAUUUGCCAAGAGAAUUGUAGAAUGCCUAUUUAAUACAGUGACAGAUAAAACACUGGCUGUGUUUGGGUUUGCCUUCAAGAAAAACACGGGUGAUACGAGAGAGAGUCCGGCCAUCUAUGUCUGCUCUCACCUGCUAGAAGAAGGGGCCAGACUUAACAUUUAUGAUCCUAAGGUUGAUCCAAAACAAAUUGAACAUGACUUAACAAGCUCAACUGUAACAGAUGACCCAGAACGUAUACAGAAGCUCUUCAGUACCUACUCUGACCCAUAUGAAGCUGCUAAAGAUGCCCAUGCUAUUGUUGUUCUUACUGAUUGGGAUGAAUUUAAGAAUUUUGACUACAAGAAGAUGCUAAACUCAAUGAAGCGACCGGCAUUCAUCUUUGAUGGACGUAAAAUGUUGGAUCACUCUGCCUUGAUCAAACUGGGCUUCCACACAGAAACAGUCGGAAAGAGAUUUGCCCGCAAUGCUCUUCUGAGAGCUUCUGGUGAACAUUUUCCAGCAUUCUCAUGGACACCAUAACUCAAGAACGGUCUUCCAGCAGACAUUGGGGGUCCAAGGAUAGUGAAGAAGGCAAAGUCCUAGAAUAUCUGUACUGGUUAUCAAAUGUAUUCGGGUGCUUUGAAAAUAAGCUCACUGUUGUUUGGUUAAUGUCUUGAAUAAUUUAUUAGGUUGGGUUCCUUUUAUGACUUUGGUCUUUAUAGAUCAUAGAGAAGAAACUUUAUUGUUAUUGAGGUGCAAAGUUGGUUUUAUGUCAUUUGAUAUUCUCAUUUGGCAUUAUUCAACCUUCUUUCUCAUAGUGUGAUUCAACAAAAUUUAUUAGUGAAUAUCCUAUAUAGAGGAGUUUAUUUUUUUAGUUUAAUUUAAUGCAAGAAGAAAAAUGAAAGAAUAAAGCUCAAAGGGUUACAUCAGAGGAUGCAUAUUUGCAUUUAAUUUAAUGCUGCUGUCUCCAUUUUUUGGAAGUCAGAAGAUUAAAUAGCCUUGAUUAUGUCUCUCUUCACAAUAAGUAGCUUCUGUUGUACAUUUUAAGUCCUGACACCGGUAAUAUACAGACCCCUAUGUAAUCUAGAAUCUUGUGGGAAGUGAGGAAUAUUAGAUACUGACAAUUGUGCCAGAAUUGUUUAAUAAACAUUGCUUUGAAGAUAAGGAAAUGUUGUUGGCAAAAAAUGAAGGGGGAAAAUGCAGGGGAACUUUUAUCAACUAACUUCAAAGUGCAAUUUCAUAUUCAAUAUGGAAAAACUUAUCGCAAUAUAAAUGAGUAUGGUUUUGUAAUGAUAUGUCUGUAGCAUAUGGUUAAAUGUUCACAUAGCUUCUGUAUGGCUUAAAUGACUUUGGGAUAGUAUUUUAUAAAUGUUGUUAGUGACCUAUUAUCCUCUUGAAGAAUGGAAUGGAAACCUUCAAAUAAUGUUUUUUAGCUUGGUUAUGAUAACCAUACUUGUUACAGUAACCAAGAUGUAGCAUGAAAUUUUCAGUUGUAACUGAAAAAUUGGUGUUGAGAUGUUAUAUUAUUCAGAAUAUAGCCUUAUAUUAUCCUUACAUAUGUUUCCCAGCUGUCCAGUCUUGUAAGUCACAGCAAUCUCAAGUUUUAUAUAAUGAUAGUAUACAAUUAUUUGAAUGACUGCAUGAAUAAUCCUUUAGAUCUUCUGUAAUUUUACAUCAUUAUGACAACUAUUCCUUAUAUAUAAUGAUAUGAAGGGAAUGUGAACAUGUCUCUUAAAGAUCCAAAUGUUUACCCUUUUCUCAUAUUUGGUUCGUUGCUGUUUUUGAUAAUGUUUUUCUCAGAAUUUUUAUAAAGUUGAAGUUUGGAACAUUAGACAUGAGAAUGUUGGCUGAGAUAGAAUACCCAGUCAGGUGGAAGAGCUGCUUUGUUCACAGAAUAUUUCUCUGUAAGAAGCUUUUAUGGAAGUGUGGACUGCCAUAUUUUUUUAAGCUAAAGUAUUAACUGUGAGAACUUUUUGUUUCAAUAUCUAUUUUCUUUAUUUUUAGAUUUUGUAACUGCUGUUAUCUUUAGUCAUUCUGAUUUUAGGAAAUUUCUGGCCUGAUUUUUAUUAAGUUAACUUUAUUUAUCAUCAUCCUUUAAAAUUAAAAGCCAGAGAUGUACCAGGUUGUGGUACUGCUCAUUAAACAUUGACAAUAUCCUGUGAUGGCAGUUUUGUAAUGCAUUUAUAUACUGAUUAACUGAGUAGACGGUAUUGGUUUGUCGAAUUACCGGUAACUACCAUAGACAUUCCCUAACUCAUGUAUUUCACACAUACUGUUGAUCUUAUGUGUGGAUGGGUCUGAUUUUACAUUGUAUUUUUCUGUUCCGGCAUGUAGGUUCAUAUUAUCAGUGUUAUUAGACAUACCAUAGGAGUGAUUGUAACUGAUUUCAUGGCAGUAUUAUGAUUAAAAGAUUUUUAAAAGUAUUAUAUAAUUUUGGGGUAGUUUAGUGAACAGGGAGAUUUAGUAUGAAGUGGGGGUAGCACAAUGUUGGUUAUGGUUAUUUUUCUUUAUUAAUGUUUAACCAGAAUUUUUGUUAGACAGUUAGAAUUAUGGAGUGAAAUGGUGCCAAGAUGAUUUUUCUUCUUGUAGUUUCUUUGUUAAAAAUGACUUAUAUAUAUUUAGAUUUACUUAUUUAUAUACAUGAUGGUUAUGAGAGAUAUAAUCCUGCAGCUGAUAUGCUGGAAAGGAAUACUUUAUACAUAGUUACACUAAUAAUCAAUAUUUAAUAAGUGCCAGCAUAGUCCUCUAAAGAAUAAUAACUAAUUAAAAGCCAGUGACUCAUAAACCCUUUAAUUCCCAGUUCGAGUGAUGGGCCAUCUUGCUACAGCUCACUUAAAUACCUGUUAACUGCAUCAAAACAGAAGUCAAGAUAUUACUUAUUAUUGUUAAAUGAGUUUCCAUCUGAUGCACCAGCUAGUCUAAAGCAGAAAUCCUGACUGGCAUUAUUACUUAAGGAGUGUUAUGAAGUGUUAUAUGUUCGAGGAAAAAUUAUUUUUAUUAUUCAUUUUAGUUGAAAGAGGUUACAUGAGGCACUGUUGCUCUGCUGGAAGUUUUAGUGAGCGGUACUUGUUUCUGUGUGCGUUUGAGUAUUUCUGUGCGUGCGUGACGAGAUGACGAACCUAGUCCCUGACCUAAAAACAACCUGGUGAGUACCUGGCAAAUACUAAAAGGAAUUUCUUAAUUGGGAGACUUGAUGUGUUAUGAAAUGAGGUAAUUGAUUUUGCUAUCAGAAUUCUAUUAUUCAUGUAAAAAUCAUGUUUGAAAUAUAACAAUAUGCAGAUAAUACAGAAUUUUUUUUUUUUUUUACUUUACUUUCUUAUAAUGUUCCUAGUAAACAUAUCAGUAUUUAUCAUGUAAUAUUUUUGCUUUAUUAUGACAGUCUUAAUUGUGGUAUUAGUAUUUGGACACCUUUUUUUCAUUAUCACUUUUUACAAGAAUAAUAAUGCACAGACCCAUUAUACAUUUGAUAAUAAAGGUGAUUAAACAAAACAGCCUCUA